AUGUGCCUUGAUAUCGAACAGUCCGUCUCUGGAUGCACAGUUUGCAACGCUACCAAAGCCCAUCAACAGAAAGAACCACUGAAAAGCUACCCCCCACCCAGCCUACCAUGGGAACACAUUGGAGUUGACCUAUUCCAUUGGAACGGUAUGGAUUACCUAGCCCUUGGUGACUCAUACUCCGGCUGGUUUGACUUCGCUUCACUCGACAACACCUGUGCCUCUACAGUCAUUGAGGUACUCAAGAGACAAUUUUCCAUCCAUGGAAUCCCCCGCAUCGUUAUCAGUGACAACGCGCGACAAUUUGAUUGCUUCGCCUUCAAACAAUUCGCACAGUCAUGGGGCUUCCAGCAUACAACCAGCAGUCCCCAUUUUCCCCAGUCCAAUGGCCUUGCAGAAAGCUCUGUCAAGCGCGCCAAACAACUCCUCGAGAAGACAAAACGCGACGGUUCAGACCUCUACCGAAACCUGCUGAACAUUCGCAAUGUCCCAACCAACCCCCAGCUUGGCUCACCUUCCCAACGUCUCAUGUCACGGCGUCUUCGCACAACCAUCCCUACCCCGACGCCACUCCUUAAACCCGCCAUUUACACACGCGUCACAGCACAGUUACGCAAGAGGCAACAGCAACAGAAGUCUACAUACGACAAAUCAGCCAAGCCCCUCCGACCACUGAAACCAGGGCAAGUUGUUCGUCUACAAUCACCCAAAGGGCACGACCAGCUUGGAAUUGUCCAAAAGCAUUCCAGAAACCCCAGAUCGUACAUCGUCAAUGCCCAAGGCACACUCUACCGCCGCAAUCGGAGACACUUAUUGCCAGUCCCUGAACCACCUCCACAGCAACAACACUCACCUGACUUCUACUUACCGCCACAGGAUCCACUGCCUCAGCCUGCCAUCCCCCACGCACCUCCACCACAGCCAGUUCUCACUCGCUCCGGUCGCAUCUCGAAGCCAAAUCCUAAAUACAUGUACACUUAA